AACAAAGCUGACAGCUAUUUAGUUAGCUGUUAACUACAUCCGAAUGGAUGCAGAGCCAGUCGUGUAAAACAGGCUCGUUGUUCGCCGAUAUCGUGUAUUUAUCAAUAAUAUAGCUAAACAGUUUCUUGUAAAUAGACAUCGUUUCGCGGAAAUAUAUAUUUUUCCGUGCGUUUGUUCAACAAGCUGACGUUAGCUGCCUUCCGUUUUCUCGUUAGGAAAAGGCUAACGUUUGCACAAGGACGUUAGUGCUAGCUUUAACGCUUGCGAAGUUAACGUCCAAUUUAUUAAUUAUUAUCCCGAAUUGAACUAGCGAGCGACAUUAGUACCCGAUUCUUGGUUUUUCUGCUGCAUUGGCUGUCUGGGAGCAGAAAGAGCGAGAGAGUUCGUCCAUUUCAGCAGGAAAACAAUGUCUACAUCGAACGCUAAUUUCAAAAACAAGUGUGUGACCCAGGUGAACUGCACAUUUUGUGACAGUCUUCUCUGCACAAGAGGCAUGAAAGCAGUGCUUCUUGCAGACACUGAGGUUGAGCUUUUUUCGACUGAUAUUCCUCCCAAUAGGACUGUUGACUUUGUGGCCAGCUGCUACUCUACUGAAAGCUGCAAAUGCAAACUGAGAGACAUCGCAUGUCUGAAGUGUGGUAAUGUUGUGGGCUAUCAUGUUGUGGCCCCCUGUAAACCCUGCCUGCUCUCCUGUAACAACGGCCAUUUCUGGAUGUUCAACAGCGACGCUGUAUCUACUCUCAACAGGCUGGAUGCGACAGGUCUGAAUCUGCUCCUGUGGGGAGAUCUUCCCGAACUGGAUGACAGUGAGAACGAAGAUUUAGAAAGCCCAUCAGAGGAGGAGUGUAUUAGGUAGAGAGGGACACGGACAAUGUGAGAGACCUGGAAUGCCAACAUUUGAGGCUGCGCUAGAAGAGUGUACAAACCAUGCUUGAGAUAAGAGAGAAAAGAGAUGUUUUUAAGGGUAAUUUAAUACUGAAUCAAACAGGGCAGAAACGUGCCGCUGUACUGCUGUGACAUUAGUUGACAACUGAAACCAUGGUGCACAUCUGGCCGCACCCCAAUCAGGGACGUCCCAGCAGGUGUUUUGCCUUUGCAGCUGAUGAAGAAAGCACCUGCUGUGACACAACUGAUUGGGCGUGGCCAGAAGCCCGAACAUGCUCCAGAGUUAGAACCCACAGAGAACAGUGCAGCACAAGUUUUUGGCCCUAUGUAAUUUAGUGUUGAAUUACACUUUAACCUGUGACCAUGUCUUUCCCCAUCACUGAUAAAAGCACAGGCGCACAAUGUCGCACACAUUCUUUACUCUCUUUGUUGUAUAUUUUCAUGGGCUACUGUAAAACAUGUGGCUGAAGUCGACUGAAAAUAACAAACAACUAGACUCCUUAAUCUAGUGCAUUCUACUUUUCAUCGCCGUGUCCACUGAGCUCAUGGUUUUGAUCGGCCUCCUGAGAAGUUGGGGAUGUAGUAUGAUAGGUCAAUGGAACUUAUCAGCGGGUGCUGUGCUUUUUCACGCUGUUUACGUUCAGUCCACUUUUCUGAUAAGAUGACCACAAUUCGCCUACCUUCUUUUUAAUGGCAGUUAUAAUCUGUACAUUGACUAUGCUGUAUUAAGCAAAAGCUCCCAUAAGAGUUAUGUCUUAAGUUGGAGUGUUUCUUGAAUCCUGUGUAUUGGAGGAAAAAAAAGACAAUGAUUGAAUGAUAUAUGAGAGAGAGAGAGAGAGAGAGUUUGUGCUUUUUAAGGGCAUUUGAUUUAGGUUACAUUACGAUCUGACGUUCUAUCAGUGAUACAUUUUGAUAUGCUAAGACAGUGUUUGUUACACACUUGACAGCAGCGGUAUGUGCCUAACAUCCAGAGGAAUCUGACUGUAGCAGUAUCUGACACUAACGUACUAACUUAUGCAUAGGGUGUCUUUCCACAAAAGUCUGGUGCAGCUGAAUUUUAAAGAGCUCAAGUCAAAUAAUAUGUUUCCAGAUUGACGAUAUAAGAAAGCUAGAAUAGGAGCUAACAAAGGUGCACUUUUGCAACACUCCAUAACUUUCGAUGUGGAUCAUUAAGCAAAAUUAUGAAAACAUGAGUUCUAAAUGGAUUUUUGUGUCCAUGCUCUGUUUUUGUUACAUUACUGUUCAGUUUCCUGUAUCAGCUUAAUUGUAGCACUUGAAGAGAAGAAAAAGUAAAUCCAAAAAAUGAAUGGAACAUAUCAAAAUGUAAUUUAUGGACUGGCUACCCAUCUCAAAAAGAUAAGUUAUGUCAUUGUGGGCCAGUUUAUUGAAUAUCAUUUUAAAUUAAGUAAUUUGUUGUGAAGUUUAGCUUUAGUCAGUGGAGCUGACCAUAAAACCCUCAACCCUCAAUAUUCUAUUGGCCUUACUGAUGCUGUGAUUGCUGACGAUGAACCUUUGUUACUCUGUUGACUCGAGGUUGAUGCUGUAUGUUAGUUGGUCAUCACCAACUGGCCUUCUCCUCAAUCAGUUGUGCCAGACGCAAGCUUUAACGUCCUCCAGUCAUAAAGACUUCACUCAAGUCAGUACUUUUUUGGCAGUGCCAUUCUGCUUUUGUUAUGGUUUCACUGCUGUGCCCUGCUGAUACUAUGAUCCUGUCUUAAAGUAACAGUCCUUGCCUACAUUGUUGGCAAACAUAGCAUGACACUUCUUAACUAAAGGAAAAGGAUAAAGGAAGUACUUUUUUAUUUUUUUUAUUUUAUAUAUAAAUUGGCCUCUAUCUAUGCUGUAGCCUUUAGUUGUGGAAAAAUGCACAAAGAGGAGGAAAACAUUGUCCGGAUUUUCACGUCCUUCACCUUAAAGUUAUAACUGACAGUCUGCUGCACUUGCACAACAAAUACUGUUAAUGUGGUAAACUGAUAGGAUACAGUUCAUCAGCUAGGUAUUUAUUAAAUUCACAAACCAAAUAUCUAUAACCACAUACUUCGUUUUUGUUUACAAGCUUCGUUUACAAAUGCAUUGGUUUGUAUUGUGCUACAGUACUUAUGUUUUUGUUCAGGUAUUUAAUAUUUCAUUUGUGAUUGUAGUGCUUUGUUUUGUACAUUUAAGAUGGGAUGUGUACAGUUUUACCUCAAGAAGGUAUCACUUGCGAGCUUCCUCUGACUAGGACAAUUGUGUCAUGAUAAUCCAAAAAAACCUAUUUAAAUGGCUGUUUCUGACGUGAUUAACUUGGAUUAACAUGCCCUGCUGAAAAAUGUAUAUUUUGGAAUUGCACUGAAACGGCAUUGGUAGUUUGAGAAAAAAAAAGUAUUUGUUGUUUUGUAUGCUUGUUAAAUUAAUACACUUUUCUUUUUCAAAAUA